CGAGCCACCAGGCUAUGCAUUAUUGUUGCUCCGUGGAGUUCACUCACCCAAAUCACCAAGAGGACAACAUACAAGCAAGCCCUUCUGUUCUUGGCCCUUUUCGUCGCCAUUCUUGUCCAGUUCAUCUUUCCUCCAGGUCAUCUGAGCCAGGCCUCGACGAGUGGCAAGAUCAAGAACAGCAAUGAGCGACGGUUCAGGGUUCCCGGGCUUCCACAGCCACAGCUAUGACCGGGACUAUGCGCGCCCGUUGUUCCGUGUUGCCUCGUUCUCUGACAGUGGAGACGAGCAGGAGAAUCAUGUGUCGUCACCGCAGGCGCGCAGCCAUAGCACGAGCCGUACAACGUCGUCAAAGGCAGUAGCACCGUCACGCCUCUCGCCGUCGGUGAGCAGGCCGAGCAUGAAGAACAUGCAGCAAGUUAUUGAUGAGAAGUCAAUGGAGGAGGAAGAGAUGGAGCUGAUGAAGGAGAAGUACACGAAGUUGCUGCUUGGGGAGGACAUGUCAGGGAGCGGCAAAGGUGUCUGCACUGCUGUGGCCAUAUCCAAUUCCAUCACCAACCUAUACGCAACAGUGUUCGGGACCUGCCACAGGUUGGGGCCACUGUCCCCUGAGAAGAGAUCAAUGUGGAACAGGGAGAUGGAUUGCCUCCUCUCCAUUUGUGAAUACAUUGUCGAAUUCUCACCCACUGUCCAGACCAUGCCUGAUGGAAGCACACACGAUGUGAUGGCAACCUCACCAAGAUCAGACAUCCUGAUGAACCUUCCUGCGCUUGAAAAGCUAGAAACCAUGCUCCUCGGUAUAUUGGACAGCUUUCACAAGCCAGAGUUCUGGUAUGCAGACCAGAGGAACCAAUCCUUCAAUGAAAGCAAGAAAUCAUUCCAGCGAAGUGAGGAUAAAUGGUGGUUACCUGAGCCAUGUGUCCCAGACGCUGGGCUGUCUGAUCGCAUGCACCGUGAACUGCAGCAGAAUAGAGACCAAGCAAGCCAGAUCCACAAGAUGGCCAUGGAAAUCAACAGCAGUAUCCUCUCUGAAAUGCAAGUUCCAUUAUCAUAUUUGGAGACACUUCCAAAGAGUGGGAGGGUGGGUGUAGGCGACGCCAUCUACCGGUAUAUGUCUUCAGGGGAUCAGUUCUCUCCAGAGCACCUCCUCAACUUCCUCAAUUUGAGCUCAGAACAUGAGGCACUCGAGAUUGCAGACCGUGUUGAAGCCGCUAUGUACGUAUGGCGAAGAAAAGCAAGCACAACACAUGUGGUGUCCAAAUGGGAGAAUGUUACUGAGCUGAAUGCUGAUGGAGACAAGAAUCUGAUCCUUGCCAGUAGGGCCAGAAGCUUACUCCUGUGCUUGAAGCAAAGGUUCCCAGGCCUGUCACAGACCACCCUGGAUACAAGCAAGAUUCAGUACAACAAGGACAUUGGACAGGCAAUACUGGAGAGCUAUUCGAGGGUGCUGGAAAGUUUGGCUCAUAAUAUAGUCUCAUGGAUAGAUGAUAUUCUCAUUGCUAAUGAAAAUGCGAAAAAAGGGCACAAAAUCAGAAUGCAGAAGCAGGUGUUCAGCCAGAUUUCUCCACAACGCUGAACAUAGCAAACUAACAUACAAAUACACAUAUAUUAUGUUGCAUAGAAUUCUUUGUGGUUUGCCUCAUCAACUUUCUGGAGUGGUGUGUGCUUGCUCAUUUGUUUGAGAUAGGGCUGUAUUGUAGAUAUAAUGAUGUAUGAUAGCUUGAUUGCAUAUGUAGAUCAUAAUGGAACUGGAUGAGAGAAGGGUAGCAACCGGAAACUUACAUUCUUUGCUGUUUCAUGGAAUAUAUUCUCCAUAAUCGACACAA